AUGUUCCGCAACGCGCUGGUCCUUCUAGCUGCCAUGCAGGCGCUAGUCAGCGCAGCUCCCUACCUCAACGUGACGAUCCCUUCUACAACCGACAUCCUCCUCGCCAGCGGGUCGGCAUCGUCGGUCUUUGACAGCCAAUCCAGCUCGGUAUCGGUUCUUGAAGCGGUAAUCACGUCGAGCCCUACUGUGGCUGCGAUCUCUGCGGUCAUUGGCGCAGUCUCGUCUGAAUCGACUCCUCUCGCUUCGUCUCAGGAUAGCAGUAUCGCCAAUUCCUCGGUAUCCAGCCACAGCUCCGUCAACUUGGGCCACGUCAUCACCGGAAAGAGCAGCUUUUCGCCCACCGCUUCCACCGCCGCGGUGCUGCCUUCAUCCUCCCUUGGGGCGGUGCUACCUCCAUCCUCCCACGGCGCGAUCCUCCCUCCGUCUUCCCUCGGUACAGCAGCCCCGCUCUCGUCUACCGGCGCAGCUCUCCCUUAUACCUCUUCGGAAGCGGCUCGUCCCCCAUCGUUCCCCGGCGCGGUCAUCUCGUCAGACUCCACGGGCGCGGGGUUGGCAUCAUCAUACCUUGGCGCAGCUGUCCCGCCACUGUCCGCUGGUGUCGCAUCUGUGCUUCCGUCUGCAGGCUCGGCUCUGCCAACAACAACAUACGGCACGGUCUCACCCCCGGUCAAAACCUCUAGCACUUUUUCGAACCAAUCUCGCACUUGUCCUCACCCCAAGCCUAGGCCGAGUAAUGAGACCAUCGAUUACUACACCAUCGACGACGUCGACACAUGCGAGUUCCCCCCUCUCGACAAGUACCCCGUCGUAGCCUGGCCGAUGACGUCGCGGAGCCUACCCGAGCAAGAACCCAGUAUCGCACUGUGGCAUGCGCUCAGCAUGGACCAGUGGCUGGGCGACCUCUUCUCUCCCACUAGGUGUCCAGCUGCUCUGGACACUCGGACGACCGCUUCAGACGGGAAAGAUCACGAGGCGUUCUCAAAGGUUCUGGGGCGGUUGAUGUUUGGCCAGAAGGACGGAGCUUUUUCUGCGAUCACUUGUAACCGGAACAGAUGUAACUGGAAUGCGGAGUCGGGCUGGUGUCGAGGGGACAUGUUUGCCUCAGAGUCCCAGCCUUGCUGGGGGCUGGAUACUUGCCCGCCAGGCCAGACCAAUACAGACCUCUACUUUAUCGAGAAACUGAGGCGGUGGUAUGCCUUGCAAGCUCUGGGCAAUGUGUGGGAUCACAAAAAGUCGGCAGCGGAGGCCAUGGUGGCUGCCACCCCAGCCAUCUCUCUGAGGAUGGAAAAGUUCAUGGAUGACUGGGCGCCCACCUUUGUUGCAGGUGUUCUGGUACCACCUGUAUCCCCAUUCAGCGCCAUCUUCAACAUCUUCAAGGCUGUCGCUAGCUUUAUCCCGGUCGCCGGACCCGCCAUCAGCACAGUCCUUGCCACCGCCGAUGCGGUAUUUCCCAUUACCGAUCCCACCAAGAUCAAGGAGCCCUCUAAGCCGAACAAGGAGGCUCUGGAAGAUAUGGAGACCCUCAUGGCGGUCAAGGACGCCGUCGCAAAGCAGGCAAAGGGAAUCUCCAUCGCCGUCAAUACAGUCCUGGAAGUCAGCGGGGGGAUCAAGGAGGUUCUUAGCGAUGGUACUUGGAUUCCAGAGCACUUCGACCCAGUUUUCCCCAUCGGAGCUGCGAACAUGAAAGAUAAGUUUGCCGAUGUGUUCACCAACAUGGCGUCAGCGAUGGGCCAGGUGUUUGACGACUCAAUCAAUGGCCCUCCUAACGGACCGAACGGGUUCUUGACCCUAGUCAAGGGCGGUCUCUACAGCACAUCAUCGAUGAACCCCGAUAACAUGCGAAAGGACAGUCUAGAAGAGUUGAUUCCGACGUAUCUCGCCUUCACCGAGGACAAGCUUCUGCAAGCUAUCAUGCGCUCAUACGGCAUCUUCUUUAUGACCGGCACCUACUCUAGCCAGGCGGUCUGCGAAAACGCUCGAAACCAAGACCAUGGGGAUUGGGCAGGCUCCAUGUGUUUCCCGUCCUUGGAUGGACAGACCUGGCGAUCGCUCACCCCAUACACUUCCAACUUUGGUUCGGAUGAGGUGUACAAGCAAGAUGGUACCUGGGAACGCUUCAGUCACAAGCAGAACCUCCACCAGACAUGGCCUCACAUGACCUCCCAAAAGAUUCAAGACAAUCUCCGGGGCGCGAAAUCGGGAACUAAAUUUCCCGCAACUAUACUCGAUAUCUACCAAAAGCUCUCCGCAUGCUUUGACGCGACCAACGCCGGCGUAGUCCAUCGUCCUGACGUCGGGGGCAGCUCGACGGGGUUCCAGAAUUUCCCGGACGCGAUCCCCACCACUUCGACAUCGCCCUUGGACGCGAUUUGUCAUUGGAAUCUGCCGGUCAUCGAUCCCCAUCCGGUAGUGGAUCAAGACUACAAGGACCCUUGUAUGGACGACUACACAGAGGGUGGCGCUGCGUGGACUUUCCGGACGGAUCAUCUUGGAUCCGGGUGGAGCGGCGAGGAUCGGGGUGUCAACAAUCAAGACGGCAAAUCCAAGAGACCGGUCAACAAGUCUGGAAGAUGCUUGAUGUCUGAACAAGGCUGGGUCGAGAGAGUAAAGUGCAUCAAUGGAGUGACCAUUUAUGCAUGCUCUGGCGGCGGCAAUUACGCCUACAAGUACUACAAGUACUCUCCGCGCCCUGGACCGGGACUGUAUUACGCUCGCGCUCUCGCGUAUCCAAAGCACUCGGACUGCGUGCUCGAUUCGGCUCAUAUCUCCUGUGACCCGUUCUGA